AUGAAUAAAACUGGAACAGGCUUUAAGACUCUUAAAUUAAGAUCAUCUCACUCCUUUCGUCCAUAGAGUGCUUAUUAGGAAUAAAUAGUGAGUAUAAUUCCAUUUGAAAUGAGUGAACAAGCCUACUCAACCUCGCUUAAGAUGGACCUAUUAAAUAUUGAAGAUGAAAUCUCAAAACUCAAUAAAUUAGGCAUUCAGUAAUCUAGAUUGAGUUCAACUCACACCUAAAAAAUAAAACAAUGGAUUUCAAAUAUAAAAAUGAAUGAUAAAUGUUUGGAUCCUCAAAGAGUUAUUCAAAUUUGCAAUUGUUCUGAUGCCAAUGAGGCUGUUGUUAAAUUGUACAAUAUGAUCUAAAAUUUUGACUUCUACGUCAAUAAAAUAACAGAACUUCAAUGUAUUCAUUACUUAUAAUACGAAUAAUGUUUUUCUAACUUCUAAUCAAACUACUUCUAAAAAAUAGCAUCUCAAGGGAUAUUACCAAAUAGGUUCUUGAUGAGUCUAUUGAAUUUAGAGAUAAUUGAAUAUUUAGUUUAGAAGAAGGGGGAUCUGAGUCAAUCAAAUGGAGAGAGUAUUUUACAAAAAAAGUUGUACGAUUUAAAAGAUGAGAACAUUAAACUAUUGACUGAAAUCAAAUCCUUGUAAAACCAAUGCAAAAAACUAUAGGAUUAACUAUCAAAUUCAACUACUUUAAGUCAAAGUCAAUUGAGUCAUAUCACUGUAGAAUUGCCUCCUAAUCCUGCAUCCUAUUAUAACAAAGUAAUUGACGAAGUCAAAGAUAGUUACCAAAACCUCGUAACUAUGUUAAGAGAUGACAAUUUAUAGCUUGGAUUGAAAUUAAGUGAAGUGCAAUAAAAGUUUACAAAUGCGAGCAAUGAAAUCAUCGAAUUAAAUAAAAAGAUUGAUAACAUGAAGAGUCAGAAAGAUGACUUGUAUAAAAGGUUUGUGGCUAAAUACAAAACUACAGAGGAAUUUGAAUAAUCAUAUGAAGCUGCCUUAAAGGAGGAAUAUUCUUCUAUGGAAAUGUCAUUCAAACAAAAAAUCUAAUAGUUAUAAUAUAGAAUUGAUUAAAAAUUAACAGAGAUUAUUAAAAGAAAUUACUUGAACAAAAGUAAAUUAUCGAUUAAUAGAGUGAUAGAGAAAGAAUGCUUAUUAAGAAAAUGA